AAGCACCCCAAUUUUUUUUUUUUUUUCAAAAAUUUUCUUUUUUUUUUUCUUGGUAUCUUUUUUUUUCCGAUAUAUUUUUGACGCGAUGCGAACACUUGAAGAUGCUAUUAUUAGUGAAACUCAAAUCUUGGUGGAUAAUAUUACAAGAUUGAAUGAUUUAGUGACAAGAACUAAUCAGGAAGAAGUACUUCAAUUGAUUGAAAAACUACGUCGCGUGGAAAAGAAAAUGUCUCUAGUAUUUACAUUCUUUCAGGCAUCCAUGUACUCAAGUAAUAUUUGGCAACAAGAAGAACAAGAUGAAAAUACAAAUCGACCUGCGUUUAGAUAGAUAAUUAGACAGUUUAGUCAUAUACCCCCCUUUCACCACCCUGUUUGUAUAUAUGUAUAGAUUUCAAUAUGUAAAAAAAUAAAGUUUUUUUUUAUAGAUGUCUUCUU